GUUGGCACCAUGCACGUGGAUGUGCUUUUCCUGUUUAGUGUUUGGCUCAUGGUCGCAUGUUGCAGGUCAUCUCGACCGAGGGGACAUAUGCUUCAGCCCUACAGCCAAAUCAGGUCAAAAAGAGAAACCACCAAAACCGAAGGUGGAGGAGGUCGUAAAUCUGGAAGUCCCAUUUUGAAAAGAAGUCCUGACAUUACAAAGUCCACCGUCACAAAAUCAGAGCAGCUUCUACGGAUAGAUGACCAUGACUUUACAAUGAGACCUGGUUUUGGAGGUCCAGCCAUACCAGUUGGAGUAGACGUCCAAGUGGAAAGUCUGGACGCAAUCUCAGAGGUUGACAUGGACUUCACCAUGACUCUGUAUCUGAGACACUACUGGAAAGAUGAGCGUUUGUCCUUCCCAAGUAACACUAACCAGAGCAUGACCUUCGACGGACGACUGGUGAAAAAGAUCUGGGUUCCUGACAUGUUCUUUGUCCAUUCCAAGAGGUCUUUCAUCCACGACACUACCACGGAUAACGUCAUGUUACGAGUUUACCCUGAUGGCAAAGUUCUCUACAGCCUGAGGGUCACUGUUACAGCCAUGUGUAGUAUGGAUCUGAGCCGCUUCCCACUGGACACACAGACAUGCUCGCUGGAAAUUGAGAGCUAUGCUUAUACCGACGAUGACCUGAUGCUGUACUGGAAGAAAGGGAAUGAUUCUUUGAAGACGGACGAGAGGAUCUCUCUGUCUCAGUUCCUCAUCCAGAAGUUUCACACCACCACAAAGCUGGCCUUUUACAGCAGCACAGGUUGGUACAAUCGUUUGUACAUCAACUUCACACUGCGGCGUCACAUCUUCUUCUUCCUGCUGCAGACCUACUUUCCCGCCACCCUAAUGGUCAUGCUGUCCUGGGUGUCUUUUUGGAUCGACCGCAGAGCCGUACCCGCCAGAGUUCCUCUGGGUAUUACCACGGUGCUGACCAUGUCCACUAUUAUCACUGGGGUGAAUGCUUCCAUGCCCAGGGUCUCCUACAUUAAAGCCGUGGACAUUUAUCUGUGGGUCAGCUUUGUGUUUGUCUUCUUGUCUGUGAUUGAGUACGCUGCCGUUAAUUACCUGUCCACGCUGCAGGAACGGAAAGAGAGACAACUUAGAGAAAGGAUGCCAUGUACCUGUGGCAUGUCCCAUCCAAGCCAGAUGAUGAUGAGCAGUAGCUACAGUGAUAUGGAUGUCAACACCACGGGAAACUAUGGCAUGCCUGAGGUGAAUGGAGACAAAAGCGAGAGGAUUCUAGUUCAGAUGGCAAUGGGAUCUCACCAGGCCACAGGCCAGAGGGGUAACAACCGACCCUACAGCAGGAUCGACACCCACGCCAUAGACAAGUACUCCCGAGUUAUCUUCCCUGGAGCCUACACACUGUUCAACAUCAUCUACUGGUCUAUUUACUCCUAA